AAAAUCAUAAAAAUUCGCCAUUACUCCAAAGCAUACACACAUGGUUUUCUAUAUCCAUCACAAGGUGAACUGUUUUUUUUUUUAUUUGGAUAAAAAUAUUUAGAUAAAAAAAUUGUCUAAUAAUUGCGAAUUGUAAUUGUCAUCAAAAUGAUUAGUAAAAUACCUCAAACAACAUUAUUAGCUGCAUUAAAAAACAGCUCAAUAAAUAUAAAGCAUUUUAAUUUACAUCAAAAACGAUGUUUUACAUCAACAAUAAAAACAUUAGAAACCAGUGUAACAGGACAUCCUCCUUUGUCACAAUCAUUAAAAAAUAUACCAAAUGCAGUUUAUGUUGAUGCCAAAGAGGAAAAUCAAAAAACAGAAAUAACAACAUUAUCAAAUGGUCUUAAAGUUGCAACUGAAAAAAGAUAUGGAAAGUUUUGUACUGUUGGAGUUUUAAUAAAUGCUGGAUCAAGAUUUGAAGCAUCAUAUCCUCAUGGUAUAUCACAUUUUCUUGAAAAAUUAGCAUUCAAUUCAACAAAACAUUAUGAAAAUAAAGAUGACAUACUAGUAUCACUAGAAAAACAUGGUGGAAUAUGUGAUUGUCAAGCAUCAAGAGACACAAUGAUUUAUGCUGCAUCAGCUGAACGUUCUGGUUUAAAUACAGUUACAAAAGUACUUGGUGAUAUUGUAUUAAGACCUCGUUUAACUGAUGAUGAAAUAAAAAUUGCUCGUCAAACAAUUGAAUUUGAGCUUGAAUCAUUAGCAACACGACCUGAACAAGAAUUCUUAAUAAUUGAUAUGAUACAUGCUGCAGCAUAUGGUAAUAGUACACUUGGUUUACCAAAAAUAUGUCCUAAAAAAAAUAUUGAAACAAUUGACAGUAAAAUAAUAUAUACAUAUUUGAAAAAUUAUUAUUCACCAAAACGUAUGGUUAUUGCUGCUAGUGGAGUUGAUCAUAAUGAUCUAGUCAAUGCUGUUAAAGAACAUUUUGUUGAAGAAAAACCAAUUUGGGAUAAUGAAUCAUCUGAUAAAGCUGAAUCAAUAAUUGUUGAUGAUUCAAAAGCAAAAUAUACUGGUGGAUAUUUAUUGGAAGCUUGUAGUGUACCAGUAUAUGCUGGACCAAGUGGUCUACCAGAACUUUCACAUGCUGUUAUUGGUCUUGAGAGUUGUUCACAUCAAGAUCCAGAUUUUGUUGCAGCAUGUAUUUUAAAUAUUAUGAUGGGUGGUGGUGGAAGUUUUAGUGCUGGUGGUCCUGGUAAAGGAAUGUACACACGUUUAUAUACAAAUGUACUUAAUAGAUAUCAUUGGUUAUACAGUGCAACUGCUUUUAAUCAUUCAUAUUCUGAUACUGGAUUAUUUUGUAUUCAUGCAUCAUCAACACCAAAUUAUGUUAAAGAAAUGAUUGAAGUUAUUAUUAAAGAAUUAGUUGGAAUGGCUGGUUCAUUGACGGAUACUGAAUUAGCUAGAGCUAAAAAACAAUUACAAUCAAUGCUUUUAAUGAAUUUAGAACAAAGACCAGUUGUUUUUGAAGAUAUUGGUAGACAAGUUUUGGCAACAGGAUUUAGAAGACGUCCAGAAUAUUUUAUUCAAGAAAUUGAAAAAAUUACAAAAGAAGAUGUGCAGAGGGUAGCUCGUCGUUUUUUAAAAUCACCACCAAGUGUUGCAGUACGUGGAAAAAUUAAAAAUGUGCCAUCAUAUAAUGAUAUACAAGCUGGUUUACUCGACAAUCAAGGACUUAUGCCUGGUGCAAGAAAUAGAUUAUCAUUAUUUUGCUAAAUAUAUUUUUUUUUUAUUGAUAAAUCUUCAAUUACUAAUUCUUCUCUUCAAAUAGAACAUUUCUAGUUUUUUUUUUUUUGUUUGUUUUGGUUUUUUUUUUUUCAAAUUAUUGAAAAAUAAAAUUUAUCAAUUAUUUCAUUUGUAAAUGCAAAAUUCACUAACUUUAGAUUCAUUUAUGUAUUUUUUUUUUUAUCUGUUUUUAAAUUUUAAUUCAAACAAAAAGAAAAAAAUGAUUUUUAAAAAACAAACAAAUACGUUUAGGACAUGCUUAAAUUAUUGGCAAUAUUUUAUUUUCUUUCUUAAUGUAAUGACGAAAAAUUUAACUAAAAAUUUAUUUGUCAGUAUUAAAUAAAAUAAAUUGACGUUGAUAUUUUUACUCAAUUAAUUAUUAAGUUGUUUUAAAAAAAAAUUAAAUAAAAAGGCAAAUAAUAUUCUAGUCUCAUUGCAGUUUAAUUAUUCUUACAAAAAAUUUUAAACAAAAGAAAAAUCUAACUAAUAAAUUGAGUUUGAAAUAAUUCUAUCUAUUAAUUAAACAAUCAAAUAAUAUACUAAAAUUAUUUUUAAAUAUAUCAUUAGUCAUUACAAAAUAAAAAACAAUAUGAUUUUUUAAUAUAAAAAAAUAAUUAGCUAUGUAUUUACAUAUUAGCAUGACAGAAAAUAAUUUUUAUUUUUAUUAUACAACAAUUUUAUCAUAAUUAACUGUACGUAUGAAUUAUUCAUUUUUAUCAUAUCAUUAUUUGGCAAUUUUUCGAAACAUCAACUCGCUAAUUUUAUCUUAUAUAAUGACUCGGCGAAUAUCUCUUAUUUUUUUUUAUCUUCUUUUGCUCGUUUAUAAAAAGUAUAGUAAACGAAAUAAAUUGUCAGUUGCCUUAAGUGUUUAUCAAACCAGUUUUCAUCCAAAAAAAAAUUUGGUGCUACGCAGUUUACAAUAAACAAAGCUAAAUAAUAAUUUUACAAAAA